UUUACACUGCCUACAUGGCAGCAACGGUAACAUUGCACUUCAAUGUUAAAGUUGAAGUGAAAUCCCCAAUUCUCUUCCCCAAAAUCAUCUUCCCCAAUUUCUCUUCCCCAAAAUCCAUUUAGAACCCUAAAUCUCCAAUUCUCUCUUCUACUUCUAAAUCUCCAAGUUUCUCUCUUCUUCUCUAAAUAUCCAAGUUUCUCUCUUCUUCUCUAAAUCAAUUCUCUUUUAUCAAAUGUCGCAAAUUUCAGUAAAUAUCGAUGAAGUUGAUAUAUGCAAGUGUGGUUAUUAUUGUCGACUGAAAACUUCGAGGACUCCUUUGAACCCAGGUCGUCGAUUUUUUGGAUGCAAAUCAUCAAAGGAAAAUGGUGGAUGUGGAUAUUUUAGAUGGAUUGAUCCGUCGCUUGAAAAUGUUGAUGAAUCAUCCUCAAUGAAUAGACUCAUAGACGGUCAAAAUCCGAUUGAUCGACUAAAGAGAAAAGUGAAAGAGCUUGAAGAAGAAAAAGAUUCUUUGAAAUUUCAAUUGAAUGAAAGUGAAGUGAAAUUGAUGGUAUUGAACAAGAAGCUUAAGGAAGUUAAACUCCAAAGGGAUUGGGAAAAUGUCAAAUUUAAUCGAAUUGUGAUUGUUUUUCUUUGUCUACUAACUAUUAAAUGGUUCUUUAAUAUUUUGUAGUUGAUAGUAGUUCAGGAUUGUAAUACUUAAUUGUUUAGUUUUGCAGUAGUUAGGUAGUUAUUCUAGAUCAAUUAGUGAUGUUUUAAUUGGUAU